GAAAUAGAAGGGAAGGGGAAUUGUGAAUUACACGCUUGGGCUUGGAGGUUCCAGGAAGGUUUUUCAUUUUCUUCAUUCUUCUUGGUGGGGCGUGGAAGAGGAAGCGGAUGGUUGUUCUCAAUCUGUGAUGAAUCCCAGUUGCAAAAUUUCCUCACCAGACGCAGAGAGACAACAAAAAACCGAGCGAGAGAGAGGUCGGAGAAAGAAGACUAUAGAAGGAACUUGGAACCGAGGAAGGACUGUGAAGCUUGCUGUAUUGGGACAAAAAAGCCCUAGCUCUCUGUGACCGUGACUCGACCCCUGUGUUUGGGAAGGGGAAGACGUGAAGAAUUUCAGGAUUAUGAAGUUUCGAAUUUUCACCAGUUUGAGGGUCAGAGGGAGUAAGGUGGCAGUGGAAGCUGAAAAGCUUGAGAAUCUAGUUUUUUUGUGAUGUCUUUAAAAUGCAGACAGAAUCACAGGUCUCCUUAGGUUGUGAGGCUUGCCUUCAACCUGAGAAUAUUUCAAUUAAGGAUGGAGAUCCUACUGCAACAUCAUCCGCCAUAAAUUAUGUUGUUCCACAGCAGCCUGCAAAAAAACAAACUCGACAAUGGGCUGCUUGGACACGUCAAGAGGAGGAAAGUUUCUUCACUGCAUUACGUCAAGUUGGCAAGAAUUUUGAAAAGAUCACUUGUCGCGUCCAAAGCAAAAAUAAGGAUCAGGUCAGACAUUAUUACUAUCGUCUUGUGAGACGUAUGAACAAGCUGUUGGGUCCAGGAUUUUGUCUGGAUGCGAAGAAUUCAAAAGAUACUAAUGCUGCAAUGCUUCGAUGGUGGUCUUUGUUGGAAAAGUAUAGCUGCAAAGCUUCAAAGCUUCACUUGAAGCCCCGAAGGUUUAAAAUAUUUAUAGAGGCCUUGGAGCACCAACUCUUGAAAGACCGGAAGAAGAAUAAAAGAAAACGACGUUCUGCGGGGGAGAACUGUCCUCCCUCAGUUGCAGCAAAUGCCUCAAAUCAUAGUAGGGCAACAGGGCAUGAUCCUUGUGCUGUUAAACUGGUUCUUGUUGAUAGUCAAAACAUUCAAAAAUUAGGACCUGGAAAAGGAUCUUCAUUGAGGCGCAAUGUGAAUGUAGGCAUUAAUCGUAACAACAAAGGAGACUCAUCAGCCGUGAAAACAGGAAGAAGACGACGGAAACCAGGCCCUGUCUCAUCAGCUGCAUAUAAAAGAUGGGAAAAAGCUGCAAUUGCUGGGGUUUCCUUGGUUGCUGAUGCUGCUGAACAUUUGGAACGGACAGCCACUGAUAAAGAAGUGGAACAUGACCAAUGUACACUGGCACAGAAGGGUUUUGACCCUGUUGCAAAAGCUAUGCUCUCUUUGCCUUUUUCAAACAAUCUUUUUACUGGGAACAAUGUGCAAACAUCCAUGAAACUUAAGCUCCAGUUAUUUCCAAUUGAUGAAGGUACUCGAAGGGCCUUGGAAAUGGAUAAGCAUAAUCCACACCUGGAACUCACUUUAAGUGUUCGAAAGAAGAUAUCAUCAGUUUUGGACCACCUCAGCCGCAAAUGGGGCAAUUCCAGCAUAGCGUCUGGGGAGCUUAUGCUUUUUCCUUACAGUGUUCAAAGGGAAAACCUGGUGGGUUAUCCAAGAUGGACUCAAGACUCUAUUGCGAGUGCAGCAGAUGUUCAUGUGAUGAUUGGAAGCCCUCCAAUUUUCCGCUUGAGGUAUGGUUGGUUUUCCAUUACUGAUGUUGGGUAUGUUAACUUGCAAUCCACUUUCGCAUCUUGCUUCACUCCGGGAGAGCAUACUAUGAACAUAAAUUAUUGUAAGGCGCCAACUGUGGAUUCUAUACCAGUAUCUGCACCACCAACUGAUCAUCGAUUAGAGAAACCUAUGGAUUCAUGCAGGGAUCAAGCAACUAUAGUGGCAAAAAAAGUUACUGCCUCCCCUUCCACUGGUGUCCCAGAUGAGAUGAUUGGGAACAUUAGUAUGGAUCCCAACAAAGUAUGUGUGGAUAGCUCUGAUUCUGCAGAAAAUAUAUCUUGUCAGACAAAAGUAGCUGGUGUUAGGAGUAUCACAAGACAAAUGGAAGAUGCGGAUGAUAUGCGAAAAAGCAAUGCCCCUGCACUCUCAGCUGGGGAGUGGGCUGAUAGCCUUACCAACAUAAGCGUUGGAGAUCUACUUUCAGAAGUGUCCCGUGAAAUGGAUGCCAACUGUGUUGAGCCACCUCUUCCUGGAGGUUCUCUGUGUCUUCAGCAGCUCCCAUUCAGCUGUGAUUCAUUUGAUGCUGCUAUAGCUGCUCAUAUAUCCAGGCAGCAAGAAAAAACAGGCUGCCAGUCAGCUUUGGUAUCCCAUGCAUCUUCCAUUUGGGAUGCUGAAGAAACAUGUGAUGCUUUUUCAUUCCAGAAGAAUUCUGUUAUUCAUAAGGAGGGUCCAAGUUUGUCCAGGUUUGCUUCUUUGGAGGCUUGCAAACAGAUUGCCAGAACAAGUUCUGUGGGCUCAGGCACUGAGAUUAAGGACUUACCUGAAGCAGAGAGGACAGCAAAUGAUCCUGCUGGGGAAGGUUUGAAGGAGGGAUGCCAUUCUGAUCCUCUUAACCUAGAUAAUGCUGCAAAGGAUCUCAGUGGGCUUACAGAUAUAUAUUGGCCGGACUCUCUGGGGUUGUUAGAUUUGGAUAUACCUUGCUCUAGAUACCACAGUGAUGACAUGAUCUUAAGCGAUAGCCUUAGUGGUUUGAACCGUCUGAUAGCCAGCAGCCUGGAUGCAUUUCAGAAUUGCUCUUUCUUUGGGCUAGACAAGAAAGAAUUGGCAUCAACUGUUGAGGAUCGAGAAACUGCUUCAUUUUCAGAUUUUAAAAUUGGCAGUGGUGUUUGACAUAUCACCAAUGUGAAAGUUGGGAUUGUUAGAUUUGUCAGUCCAAGAAGAUGAGCUUUGUUGUUGGAACUAGUUCGUGGGACCAUUUUCCCAGGUUCAGCGACUGAUGGGCGUUGAAUUGGGCUGGUGCAAACACCGAAUUUCGGCUUUGCACGACACUGAUCUCUGCAUCUCUGAGCCCCGUCUGUACAAAAGUAGGCGUGAAGCUCAAGAUUUAGGUCCCAGCUUCUGAUAUAUUUGUCACUCGUGUGUAAAUCUUAAAAAGUUUCCUAUGUUUCAAUGCAGAGUUACCGGGGAUGAUGAGUAGCUUUAUCAUCUGAAUACAACUUGGCCAUCUGCACAGCGUAAAAAUGCUAACAAAGGUUGUAUUGUAAAAUGGGUUUGAAUGCUCACUCUAUCCCUAAUUAAACCGACACUCGAGGGGUACUACAGUGGCUUGUUUUUGGGCAAGCAUUCUGAACAUAGUUUCCAACCUACUGCUUUGCAAUUCAUGAAAAAAAGAUGUGUUUGCAUUUUUUAAAGGUACUUGUAUCUAAUAAAUGGUUUUAUUUC